GCUUUGACCAAGAUCGAUUUUUUUUGUAACUCAAGGUAAGUUUAAACUGUUGCAACAUCAUCUGGUUAUUGAACUGCAUGAACAAAUACUGAAGCAGGAUAAAUCUAACCGGUUUUGUUCUAACUGGAAAAGCAUGAAGUUGUUUAUUUUGGUGGCUCUGUUCGGGCUCGGCCUUGCCCAGCACAACUCCCACUUCAGGCACGGCAGGACGGCAAUCGUCCACCUGUUUGAGUGGCGCUGGGCGGACAUCGCUGCAGAGUGUGAGCGUUUCUUGGGUCCCAAUGGCUUUGGUGGAGUUCAGAUCUCCCCUCCAAGUGAGCACAUUGUGCUAGACCAUCCCUGGAGGCCCUGGUAUCAGAGAUACCAACCAAUCGGCUUCAAACUGUGCUCCAGAUCCGGCAAUGAGAAUGAGCUGAGAGACAUGAUCACCAGAUGCAACAACGUUGGGGUCAAUAUCUAUGUGGACGUUGUCAUCAACCACAUGUGUGGCUCCGGCGGUGGAGAGGGAACCCACUCUUCAUGUGGAAGCUGGUUCAGUGCUAGCAAGAGGGACUUCCCCAGUGUCCCAUUUAGCAAAGUUGACUUCAAUGACAACAAAUGCAGGACUGGCAGUGGUGAGAUUGAGAACUAUGGUGAUGUCAAUCAGGUGCGUGACUGUCGUCUGGUCGGUCUAUUGGACCUAGCCCUGGAGAAAGAUUACGUCAGGGGAAAGGUGGCUGACUACUUGAACAAGCUGGUUGACUUGGGUGUGGCUGGAUUCAGAGUGGAUGCCUGCAAGCACAUGUGGCCCGGUGACCUGUCUGCUAUUUACGGUCUUCUGAAAAACCUCAACACCACGUGGUUCCCUGGUGGCUCCAAACCCUUCAUCUUCCAGGAGGUUAUUGAUUUGGGAGGUGAGCCCAUCACAUCCAGAGAGUACUUCCAUCUGGGAAGAGUGACUGAGUUUAAAUAUGGUGCCAAACUGGGAACUGUCUUCAGAAAGUGGAAUGGCGAGAAGCUGUCUUACACCAGGAACUGGGGAGAGGGAUGGGGUUUCAUGCCCAAUGGCGAUGCUCUUGUCUUCGUUGACAACCACGACAACCAGAGAGGCCAUGGUGCCGGUGGUGCAGCCAUUGUUACCUUCUGGGACUCCAGGCUCCACAAGAUGGCUGUCAGCUACAUGCUGGCCCACCCUUACGGAGUAACCAGGGUGAUGUCCAGCUUCCGCUGGAAUCGCCACAUCGUCAACGGAAAGGAUGAGAAUGACUGGAUAGGCCCUCCCAGCCAUGCAGAUGGAUCCACCAAAUCUGUUCCUAUCAACGCUGACCAGACUUGUGGAGACGGAUGGGUGUGUGAGCACAGAUGGCGUCAGAUCAAGAACAUGGUUAUUUUCCGCAAUGUGGUCAAUGGACAGCCUCACUCCAACUGGUGGGACAACCAGAGCAACCAGGUUGCCUUUGGACGUGGUAAUCGUGGAUUCAUCGUCUUCAACAAUGAUGACUGGGACCUGGAUGUGACCCUGAAAACUGGCAUGCCUGGUGGCACCUACUGUGACAUCAUUUCUGGCCAGAAGAAUGAAAGCAGGUGCACUGGGAAGCAGAUCAAUGUUGGCGGUGAUGGCCAGGCCCACUUCAAGAUAAGCAACAGAGAUGAGGACCCCUUUGUUGCCAUUCACGCUGACUCCAAGUUGUAAAACCAUUGUGUACAACUUUAAAUAAAUCUUUCAAACUUUUGAACUUAAA